GUUCGCUGUUUGGUGUUAAGCCGAGAGCUGAAGGCCUGGCUCUGGCUGGACAGCAGGUAAAGAAUUUGUUCAGUAGGAUUUUCUACUAUUACACGGCUGACACAGGGGUCUGGAGACAGACAAGAGGGGCUUCAACCAGACACUUCCUGGAAAAUCGGAACUGCAGUUAAACUCCGCCCUUUCCUUGCAUUAUAAUAAUUUGGCCUAAUGAUUCUUCUUCCGUUCCACACCAGAAGACUGGUGAGCCACGUUUACUGUGGACUGAAACCAGCCUCCAAAAAAAAGGGUAUAGCCCUGGAAAUGGCACGCCCAAGUUCUAAUCUGGCUGAUUUCAGAGAAGCCUUUGCAAAAGCGAAGCACAUCGCAGUUAUUACAGGCGCAGGAGUCAGCGCAGAGAGUGGAGUGCCAACAUUCAGAGGAGCUGGAGGAUACUGGAGAAAAUGGCAAGCACAGCACUUGGCAACACCUGAGGCUUUUGCCAGAAAUCCUUCCCGUGUAUGGGAGUUUUAUCAUUACCGGAGGGAAGUGAUGUUGACAAAGAAUCCAAAUCCAGCUCAUUUAGCCAUUGCAGAAUGUGAAACCAGGCUUAGGAAACAGGGGAGGAAGCUGGUGGUCAUCACCCAGAACAUUGAUGAGUUACACCGCAAAGCAGGCUCCAGAAACCUAUUUGAAAUUCAUGGCAGCUUAUUUAAGACACGUUGUACUAGCUGUGGAAGUGUCAAAGAAAACUACAAAAGCCCCAUUUGUCCAGCUCUUGCCGGAAAGGGUGCUCCUGAGCCUGAUGUACAAGAUGCUAAAAUCCCAGUAGAGCAACUUCCACGAUGUGAUGAAAAUGGCUGCAAUGGUCUUCUGCGUCCUAAUGUUGUUUGGUUUGGAGAGACCUUGGAUUCUAAUCUCCUCGGAGAAGUGGAAAAAGAACUUGAAAUAUGUGACCUCUGUGUGGUGGUUGGAACUUCAUCAGUUGUGUAUCCUGCAGCAAUGUUUGCACCUCAGGUGGCUGCUAGAGGAGUGCCUGUAGCAGAAUUUAACAUGGAAAAUACCCCAGCUACGACAAGCUUUACGUUUCAUUUUCAGGGGCCCUGUGGAACAACUCUGCCACCGGCAAUAGCACGCCACGAGACAGAACUGAUUUCUUAAAUUUAACACCCUAUGCAGAGGAGCAGCUGUUCCUAAGACUUUACUGUAUAUAUGGUGUAUGAACAAAAGUCUUUACUAUAGGAAAAAAAAGCGAGAAUGGACCAGCAGUCUUGCAAGCAAUCACUUCAAAGUGCUUUUGAGAAGGCUAAUAUUUGUCAUGUAAUAAUCCUUGUGGUUGCUGAGAAUUUUCUCCACUUGCACUAUGGAAGAUAAUUUGCACCAUACAUGAAAUGAUUGUGCGUUUAAAUAUGGAAUAAUGUUUAAACCAGUAAACUUGCUGGUUGUUAUUCUUCUUUAUUAUAUCUGUUACAUGAAUUAUUUUCUGUAUAUUUGCAUGAUUGGUUAUUAUUCUGUUUGACCAAAAAAAACAAGCAAAAUAAAAAUGCCCGCUGGGCAUUUUAAUACUAAGAACAAGACACAGGUCACACUAUUAGGCCUUACAUAAUUGCAUUUUUUAGUGCUAUAUAGUGAGGAAACUGCAUUUACUAAAAGAAAUCUUAGAUUUUCUUUUUCAUCCCAAUCAGAAAUGUCUCCAGUACAAAAAAAAACUUUCUUCCAGUUUUGCUGAUUAAUGCUCAAAAUGCAAUUUCUGUAAUGUAAUAAAUAUGAAAACUGUUGUGUUGUGUGUGCAGAUGAUGUAUCGUUAAACCAGUGUUGCAGGCAGUUUAGAUCUGGGUAGAUGUUUUGCACAGCUUUUUUAUUAUGGAAGUGUGGGACCAAUCACAUUACAUAUAAUGCUGAAGGGAGAGUGUAGCAGAUUGUUCUGAUUGACUGUGGAAAGAUCGCUUCCUAAUUUAUCUCUAUGAAGUCAAAAUAAAUCUGGAUGCAAACUGAUUUUUAUGUAA